CGCCGCCGCCCGGCCAGAAAGCGGAAUCCGAGCGCGUCGGGGCCCAGGCGCGGGACGGACCGGAAGUGGGGCCGCGUAGCCUUCUGCUCGCUGCGCGCAGUGAAACGCGUAUUGUGAAGAUGAGGGGGGGGGCUCCCUAGCUGAACAGAUCGUUUGCGGAUCUACUUUUCUGCGCGUAUUUAUUACCUGCCAGUAAUUGGAUCAGAAGAUGAAUCCAGCUAAUCCUUUCAGUGGGCAGCAGCCUAGUGCUUUUCCACCAUCUUCCAGUGGUUCCAUAGGGACGUUUCAAGCUAAGCCACCAUUUCGGUUUGGUCAGCCCUCUCUUUUUGGACAAAACAAUACAUUAUCCGGGAAGAGCCCAGGAUUUUCACAGGUGUCCAGCUUUCCAGCAUCUUCUGGACAAAGUCCUUCUUCUUCAGUGCAAACAUUAGGAUUCUCCCAAACCUCAAAUGUUGGACUCUUUUCUGGACUUGAACACAUUCCGCCCUUUGUAGCUACCUCUGGGUCUUCAAGUUCAUCUGUGCCUGGAAACCCAGGAUUUAGUUUUAAAUCACCCAACCUUGGAGCAUUCCCAAGUACUUCUACUGUUGGACCAGAGACUGGAGAAAUAGCAAGCUCUGGUUUUGGGAAAACAGAAUUUAGCUUUAAACCUCUGGAGAAUUCAAUGUUCAGACCAAUAUUGGGGGCUGAAUCCGAGCCAGCGAAAACUCAGAACCAAAUUACUUCCGGACUUUUUACAUUUUCCCACCCAGUCAGUAGUGGACAUGGGGGACUGGCCCCAUUUUGUUUUUCUCAGGUGACGAGUAGUUCAGCCACCAAUUCAAAUUUUACCUUUUCAAAACCAGGUAAUAAUAAUUCAUCAUCAUCUGCCUUUACUUCUGCUUUGUCAAGUCAAACAGUGGAGGAAGAGAAGAGAGGCCCGAAAGCACUAUUUGGAAGUUCUAAUAGUGGCUUUACUAGCUUCCCCAUAUCUUCUUCAGGGUCCUUGGGUGAACCCUUCCCAGUUAGCAAAACAGGUGUCAGACAAGGAUGCGAAGAAGCUGUUUCCCAAAUGGAGCCACUUCCCAGCCUCAUGAAAGGACUGAAAAGGAAGGAGGACCAGGACCGGUCCCCCAGGAGGCAUGGUCAUGAUGCAGCAGAAGAUUUGGACCCUCUGCUGAGGGGCGAUCAUCCUCCAGAUAAACGACCCGUCCGCUUGAAUCGACCCCGGGGAGGCACUUUGUUCGGUCGGACAAUACAGGAUGUCUUCAAAAGCAAUAAAGAAGUAGGUCGUCUGGGCAACAAGGAAUCUAAAAAGGAAACUGGCUGUGCCGAGUCUGGGGAAAAUGACCACUUGGCCGUCCCAGGAGGCAGUCAGUCUGUCCUGGCACCUUCCCGGCUUCCAGGUGUGAAUAAAGAGGAAGAAACUGAAAGUAGAGAUAAAAAAGAAGAUUCUCUAAGAGGAACUCCUGGCCGUCAGAGUAAAAGAAGUGAGAGCACAGACGGUCUUGGGGGCUUGUCUCCUGCUGAAGUCACAGCGAUCCAGUGCAAGAACAUCCCUGACUGUCUCAAUGACAGAACCACUCUGGAGAACCACUUUGGCAAAAUUGCUAAAGUGCAGCGCAUCUAUACCAGGCGCAGCAAAAAGCUUGCAGUGGUGUAUUUUUUUGAUCAUGCAUCUGCAGCCCUGGCCAGGAAGAAGGGGAAAGGUUUGCAUAAGGAUAUGGCCAUCUUCUGGCACAAGAAAAAAACAAGUCCCAACAAGAAACCCUUUUCCCUCAAGGAGAAGCAGCCAGGUGACGGUGAAGCUGGCCCGGGCACCGAGGACACACCCUUUCAGCACUCCCCUCUUGGCAAGCCCGUGGCCAGGGCUGCAGCCGGCAGCCUGAAUAAAAGCUCUCCAGUGAAGAAGCCGAGUCUUCUGAAGCCCCCUCAGUUUGAGGGAGACCCGUCUGACGAGGGCUCCGAGGGCUCCGAGGGUCUUGGGCUGUGUGUGUCGUCUCUCAGUGCCCUGAUAGGUACUGUGGCUGAGACAUCCGAGGAGAAGUACCGCCUGCUUGACCAGAGGGACAGAGUCAUGCGGCAAGCUCGGGUGAAAAGGACCGACUUGGACAAAGCGAGGACUUUUGUUGGGACGUGCCCGGAUAUGUGUCCCGAGAAGGAGCGAUACAUGCGGGAGACCCGGAGCCAGCUUAGUGUGUUUGAAGUGGUCCCAGGCACUGACCAGGUGGACCACGCGGCAGCCGUGAAGGAGUACAGCCGCUCCUCAGCAGACCAGGAGGAGCCCCUGCCGCAUGAGCUGCGUCCCUCGGCGGUGCUUAGCAGGACCAUGGACUACCUGGUGACCCAGAUCAUGGACCAGAAGGAGGGCAGCCUGCGGGACUGGUACGACUUCGUGUGGAACCGCACGCGGGGCAUACGGAAGGACAUCACUCAGCAGCACCUGUGUGACCCAGUGACGGUGUCUCUGAUUGAGAAGUGCACCCGGUUUCACAUCCACUGUGCUCACUUCAUGUGUGAGGAGCCCAUGUCCUCCUUUGAUGCCAAGAUCAACAAUGAGAACAUGACCAAGUGCCUUCAGAGUCUGAAGGAGAUGUACCAAGACCUGAGAAACAAGGGCGUGUUCUGUGCCAGUGAAGCGGAGUUCCAGGGCUACAACGUUCUGCUCAAUCUCAACAAGGGGGACAUCCUAAGAGAAGUGCAGCAGUUCCAUCCUGCCGUUAGAAACUCCUCUGAGGUGAAAUUCGCUGUUCAGGCUUUUGCUGCGUUGAACAGUAACAAUUUUGUGCGAUUUUUCAAACUGGUCCAAUCAGCUUCUUAUCUGAAUGCUUGUCUUCUGCAUUGUUACUUUAAUCAGAUCCGCAAGGACGCGCUCCGAGCGCUCAACGUGGCGUACACCGCGAGCACUCAGCGCUCCACCACCUUUCCCCUGGACGGCGUGGUGCGCAUGCUGCUCUUCAGAGACGGAGAGGAUGCCACAGGCUUCCUCAGCUGCCACGGCCUCACUGUCUCCGACGGCUGUGUCGAGCUGAACCGGUCCUCGUUCCUGGAACCAGAGGGUUUAUCCAAGGCCAGGAAGUCGGUGUUUAUUACCAGGAAGCUGACGGUGUCCGUUGGGGAGAUCGUGAAUGGAGGGCCGUUACCCCCUGUUCCCCGUCACUCCCCCGUGUGCAGCUUCAACUCCCAGAACAAGUACGUCGGGGACAGCCUGGCUGCGGAGUUGCCCACGGGCACUCAGAGACCCGGCUUGGACGUGGCGGGUGUAGGGAGAGGAGAGGAGUGCAGUACGGAGGGGGACGAGACCCUCCCGGCUGUCCUCCUGCAGCCCCUGCCCACCCCUGUGCCACCUUCUCCCCCACAAGCCCCGGCGCUGCCCUUGAGCGUGGCACCCAGCCUCUUCCAGCCCCCCGCGCGGCCCCCCGCGCGGCUGGAGCUCCUUCCCCCGAAGUCUGCGCCUGUGUGCUCGGACGAGGACCUGGCGCAGGUGGUGGAUGAGCUCAUCCGGGAGGUUCUUCAGAGGGACUGCGAGGAAGUUGGCGCCGCCGGGGCAGCCUUCGCAGCCACAGCCCUGGGUGUUUCCAAUGCUGCUAUGGAGGAGCUGUUAACAGCUGCAACCAUGGGCAUUUUGAGGCACAUUGCAAGUGAAGAAGUGACUAAGGAAAGGGAGCGGAAAGAGGAAGAGAGGCGGCGGGCUGAAGAAGAGAGGUUGAAACAAGAGAGAGAACUGGUGUUAACGCAGCUGAGCCAGGACCUAGCUGCAGAGCUGACAGAGCUCGUGGUGACAGAACGUGUGAGGGAAACCUGCUCCCAGGAGUUGAAGAGUGCAGUGGAGAUAGAGCAGAGGCUCCGCAUGGCCCGUUGCUGUGAGGACGUCUGUGCACGCCUGGUGGACUUGUUUCUUGGGGAGGAAAUUUUCCAGACUGCAAAAGAGACCCUCCAGGAACUUCAGUGCUUCUGCAAGUAUCUCCAGCGGUGGAGGGAAGGUGUCGCAGCCCGGAAGAAACUGAGGCGCCAGAUGCGGGCCUUCCCUGCGGCGCCCUGCUGUAUGGACAUGAAUGACCGGCUGAGGGCACUGGCGCCCAGCGCAGAGUGCCCCAUUGCAGAGGAGAACCUGGCCAAGGGCCUCCUGGAUCUGGGCCACGCGGGGAGAGUGGGCAUCUCCUGCACCAGGUUAAGGUGUCUCAGAAACAAGGUGGCGCACCAGAUGAAGGUUCAGCACUUCUACCAGCAGCUGCUGAGUGACGCGGCAUGGGCACCCCUGGACCUGCCAUCUCUCGUGGCUGAGCACCUCCCGGGGCGGCAGGAGCGCGUGUUUUGGAAGCUGGUGCUGGUGUUGCCUGAUGGAGAAGAGCAGUCCCCAGGGAGUCCUGGCAGAGUUCUAGCAAAUUGGUUAAAAGUCAAGUUCACAGGAGAUGAUGACUCAGUGGAUGACACAUACCGUGAUGUUGGUGGGAUUCAGACGCUCACUCUCUUUAACACUCUCAGCAGCAAAGGGAAUCAGACAGUUUCUGUCAGUGUGUGCGUCAAGGUGGCCCACGGUGCUCUUAGCGACUGUGCCCUCGACGCUGCGGAGACACAGAAGGAGCUCCUGGGAGCCAGCGGGCUUAUGCUGCUGCUUCCCCCCAAAGUGAAGAGCGAGGACGUGGCGGAGGAGGACGUGUACUGGCUGUCGGCGUUGCUGCAGAUCAAGCAGCUCCUGCAGGCCAAGCCCUUCCAGCCUGCGCUUCCGCUGGUGGUUCUUGUGUCCAGCCCGGGAGGGGACGCCGUGGAGAAGGAAGUGGAAGCUGGUCUGAUGCUCCAGGAUUUGGUUUCAGCUAAGCUGAUUUCAGAUUAUACCGUUAUUGAGAUCCCUGAUUCCAUUAGUGAUUUACAAGGCACGACUAAGGUUUCGCAGGCUGUGCAGUGGCUGGUCUCGCACUGCCCCUGUGCCCUUGACCUUUGUUGCCAGACCCUCAUUCAGUACGUGGAAGACGGGGUUAGCCGGGAGUUUAGCGGCCGGUUUUUCCACGACAGAAGAGAGCGGAGGCUAGGCGGCCUGGCCCCGCAGGAGCCAAGUGCCGUCAUCGAACUGUUCAACAGCGUGCUGAGCUUCCUGGCCUCUGUAGUGUCCUCCGAGCAGCUCUGUGACCUGUCCUGGCCUGUCACUGAGUUUGCCGAGGCAGGGGGCAGCCGGCUGCUUCCUCACCUUCACUGGAACACCCCGGAGCACCUGGCCUGGCUGAGGCAGGCUAUCCUUGGCUUCCAGCUCCCACAGAUGGACCUUCCGCCCCCGGGAGCUCCCUGGCUCCCCGUGUGCUCCAUGGUUGUCCAGUACGCCUCCCAGAUCCCCAGCUCUCUCCAGACGCAGCCUGUCCUGCAGUCCCAGGUGGAGAGCCUGCUCCGCGGCACGCACUGCAGGUGGAAGAGCGGGAGCCCCUCCCCAGGCCGGGGGGCACGGCCCUCAGUUGCUGAGAUCCCAUGGGAUGACAUCAUCGCCUUGUGCAUCAACCACAGGCUGAGGGACUGGACACCCCCCAGGCUUCCCGUCACAUCAGAGGCACUGACUAAAGAUGGUCAGAUAUGUGUGUAUUUUUUUAAAAACCAUUUGAAAAACUACGACGUUCCUUUGUCGUGGGAACAAGCCAGAAUGCAGACGCAGAAGGAGCUACAGUUGAGUCAGAGCCGUUUGGGGAUAAGAUCUUUUCAUCCUUCUGCAAUCAAGCUUCGCACUCCGUUACUUCACGGGCACCGCAAAGGGAAGAGAGGUGUGAAGCGCGGCCGAGAGGGGCGGAUUCCCGGCACCGACGACCUGAUGCACAGAGCCUCUGCCCAGGAGCUCCUGGCCCAGUGUCUGUCCAGCAGCCUGCUGCUGGAGAAAGAGGAGAGCAAGAGGUUUGAAGAUCAACUUCAGCAGUGGUUGUCAGAGGACUCGGGAGCAUGUACAGAUUCAACUUCCCUUCCACUCUACCUUCCUCAGACUCUGGUGUCUCUGCCUCAGACUAUCGAACCUGUGAUGAAAACAUCUACAACUACUAGCCUUCAGAUUGACAGGACAGGGGAGCAACUGCAGAUGUCAGAGGCAACAGGCACGUCUGUGACCGAACGGCUGAAGCGCCUAGAAAGGCUGAUCCGGAGUUCAAGGGAAGAGGACGUUGCCUCUGAGCUCCAUCUCUCUGCACUACUGGACAUGGUGGACAUUUGAGCUGCUGGACCUGAGAGAGGGUCUAGAAGAUGUUCUUUUAACUCAAAAUAAUGUUAUUCUCAGAUGCUUGAUGCAUGUUGGAAUGUGAGUAUUAAUCAUGCAAAAAUAAACCACUGGAAUAUCCAAUGAGGUCUUCCUCAGUUUUCAUAAUGAAA